GGACAAAGAAGACAUGCUAUUUAAGCUAUACAGUUCUGUAAGUGCUCAAAGCAUGGAAAGAAUAGAAGAGCUUCUCCAGGAGGACCAGAAUGUCAAGCGGAGGAAAGAGCGUAUCCAGAAACAGUCCUCUAUUCUUUCCAAGCUUACUACACAACUCUGUAUUAAUGAUAAUCUGGCAGCCGCUGCAUCCACCUAUUCCAAUGAAGUAGAAAGUUCAACCAUUGCUGGCCCAUCUUCCCGGGAGCUCUGGAGAUGCUACGUUUGAUGCUGCUGCCAGCGGUCCAAACCUAUCAUAUGGGGAUUCUAGAUCAAAUUGUCUCAGUCGCCGGAACAGUGAUCCUUUUC